AUGUGCAGCAAUGGAUACUGGAAAAUAAAACAAGAUAACGAAGAAUCUGAAAUAGCUGUAUUUAUUGAAAACACUUUAAUCAAAGAUGUUAGAUACUUUUUAGUUCUAAUUGAAUAUCCAGCAACUUCAGAUAAAGUAAUUACAUAUAUGUAUCAUGUAAAAAAUUGGACAAAUCCUAAAGCAGUAUUUCAUAAUGUUCAGAUUAUAAAAACAAUAAAAUAUUGUGGUGGUAUUAAAGCUUGUAAGCUAGCUGGUUUAGAUAUCUUAGAAGCAUCACAUUCUGAUAUAGAUCUUAAAACUGAUCCAUUUAUUUGUAAAAAUAAUUUUAAUACUAUUUCAUCUAAUAUACUUACAAGAGAACUUACACAAAUGUAA